AUGUCAGUACGCCAUGUCUUUUGCGUUCUCACCAUUGCACUCUCUUGUGUCUGCAGUUGUGUGGUAGCUGAUGAUGGAGCUCAAGCUCUUAAGGCUGAGAAACGUGGUUCUGAGGGUGUACCUGCUCAUGUUAAUGAAGUUCCUGGCGCUUCUCCUUGUCAACCUGGUUCAACUAUUGGGAAAGAUGGUACUUCUCCGUGUUUAGAAAGUGGUGGUAGAGGACGUAAUGAUGAUCGUGUUAAACCUCCUGAUCCACAGGAAAAUAAACCUGGACAAGUAACCAAAAAUACAAUGGAUGGCCUUCGAGAAGAGGGAAGUGUUAGCAGCGGAACGAAAGAUGAACUCACCGAACGAGAAAAGGUAGAAGAACGAAUCGAAGAAGUAGAUGGGAGGCAUGUCACAAAGCCAGGUGAUGAUCCUGCAAUAUCUGGUUCUCCUACUGAUACUGAAAGCCUUGGAGAUGCUGCUGUUGACACUCAUUCCCCAUCACGUACGCCUGCACCAGGUGGUAAAGUGCAAACCGAGAAUAAAGAAGAAGAGGCGUUGGGACCUGAGGGACAAAAUGUGGAUGCCUCUCCAGCUGGUGGACGAGGGAAAGGAAGCCAAACUGCUGAAGAGCGAAAAGAAGAGAACCUGGAAGAUCCUCCACAAGGAGAGCGGACUGAGAAUGCAAGGAGAACCACAACAUCUUCAACUACUGAAGUGGGCACUACAGUGACUGAAGACAAUAACGGUAAUCAACAAGCAGAAGGAAAUGGUGUUCCUUCUACUUCACCAGCUUCACCUCCACCUACAGAAGGUGUUGCAACGAGGGACACUGCCAACACACCCAAUAAUAAUAAGGAAUCAACGUCAACCACCACCACCACCACCACAACAACAACACCAACACUUCCUCCUGAACUCACAAACAACAAGAAGGGUGAUGCAGACAGCAGCAGCAGUAUCAUCAGUUCUGUGUGGGUACGUGUGCCACUACUGAUUGUGGUUACACUGGCCUGUAUUCUUGUGUGCUGA